UUGGCGAUAGAAAAUGCCGUCAGGUUCUCUCCUAGUUUCUGAAGAUUGGUUCAGACAGCAUAAAGAAGUUAAAAUUCUGAACAGCCAAGGGCAGCGUUUUUUGCAUUAGCUAGCUAGCUGCUAGCCUCCAGACUCAGCCUGCCGCCGCCAUGGGGAGGCCGUCGUCGACGGAGAGGCUCGUGUGCGUCGUCCUGGCCGUCCUGGCCGUCCUCUCGCCGCUGUACAUCGACCGGCGGCCGGUGGUGGUGGUGGUGGACAGCGACGACGAGGAGGACGGCGUCGUGGCGGCGCUGUGGCUGCCGGCGCUGCUGAUCGUGCUGAUCCUGGCCAUCAACGUGACGUGCUUCAUGGACCGGAGGGUGGUCAGGUUCGAUCCCUACUGGAUACACCGCGUGGGGGGCUCCUCCUGCGGGCUCAUGGCCACGCUGCUGCUGCUGGGCUUCGUGCUCAAGUGCAAGGCGUCUUUCUAGAGCUAGAUAUGAGUAUGGCAUGUGGAAGCAGCUAUUGUCCUCACUAGUUUACCUUAAGAUAUACUGGCAGUUGUACUCUGGGCUCAGUUGAAACAUUUCCGGUGAUCUGCACAACUGAUGAGUUCUUUGUGCUUUCUGCUACCGUUGCCAUUCUGUAUGUUUGGUUUCUGUGGCUCUGCCCUUCUUAAAACUUGUUUGCGCUUCUUUUUUAUU